CGCUACCACGCCCAUGUUAUGACUUGACAUUGACAAGCACAUGAUAAUUUGACAACCUGACAUGAUUUCGUCGAGGCUCAGGUAGCGCGACAAUCACGACCGCAAUGCCUUCCGCUGCCGACAACGCGUCCAUCUUCUCGGGCAUCUCGGCCGCUCCUUCUCGAUUUGGCGCUUCGCGACAGCCACAAUUCACCCUCGACACCUUCUCUAGUCAGGACUUCAUAGUAAAGGACUUUAUCGAAGCUCUCUCUGAUGCUGCAAUCCCUCCGAGUCGUCGUACUGGCCCGCAAGCCGUCGCCUUUGAUCCCAAACCCUUGAUCCGUACUUUCGAACUGGCUUUGAACAAACUCAAGCUACUGAGCGAGGACCUUGAGCUGCAAGAGAAUGAACUGUCUGGAGGUGUCAGAAGAGCGGAAGCUAUACACAACCAGAAUGUCCAAGCUAGGGAGAGGGAGCUUGAGCGUGCCGUCGACUCCUUCCACCGGCUAGAAAGAAGCUUGGACAAUGACAAAGAUCAAGGUGGAAAUGCUGCUGUAAGAAUUGGAGAAAGACUCGACGAGUUGGACCGUCAAAGCCAACGCGCUCAGGAUGCAAAAUUCAUCCUACAAUGCUGGAUCGACGUGAGUGAGCGUCGCGACUUGUCAAGUCUGGAUGAUGUCAGGAGACUACAAGGUGGUGAGGGAAAGUUGCGCUGUGCUCAUAUCGCUCGCCAAUUGCUCAAGAUCAGCCAGCGUCUUGACACGCCAAACUCGCACACUAACGGUGAUGCUAUGAAUGGCCACGAUACAACUACUGAGCUGAUUGAGAAGUUCCUCGAAUCCUUGGAGAAGGACCUCCUAAAACAAUUCGACGAUUUCUACAGACGCCAGAAUUUUGACGGUAUGAGAGAAUGCGCCAUCGCAUUGAAGGACUUUGGUGAUGGCGCUAGUGUUAUGGGUCUCUUUGUCAACCAACAUCAAUUCUUCAUUGAUCGUAGUCAGCUCAUUACAGAGGACUUGGCCGCAGAUCCAGAGACAUGGGAACGUCUUGCCGACCCAGAUACAGAGCCACCAGGUGUCGAACCUAGUCUGCAGAGCUUGGUAGACGAGGUGAAACUUGUAGUGCAGGAAGAAUCCUUCAUCAUCAAGAAGGCAUUUCCCUUCCACGAAGAAGUGCUGGUACGCUUCUUGCAAAGAAUUUUCCAGCAAUCUAUCCAACAAAAACUCGAAAUGGUGCUCGACAAAGCAGACUCUAUCUCCUCUCUCGCUUUCCUGCGCUCAUUACAAGCCAGCAGGAGCUACAUUUCCGCUUUAGUUGAAGACCUGAAAGCACAUGGCUUGACAGAACACCCAGAACCUGCUUCUGCACAGACUGCUGCAGUGCUCGAUCAACAACUUGAGGAUCUCUUCGUGCCAUACUUUUCUGGCUCGUCAUAUAUUGAGCGAGAGAAGAGGAGUCUGGAAGAACUCUAUUCGUCCCUUCUGUUCAAAUUCACAACCUACCACACUCGCCGACGAAAGAUGCCAACAUCAUAUCUUGGCUCCCUAUCAGCACGAAGCAGAGAACUCAUCUCGUCAACACGCGACACUUAUCUCGAUAGACUCGAAAACUCCGACAUCCCAGCAUCUCAGAAAUCCACAUUACUACGAAUUGCUGGCCUCAAUCCCAACGCCAGUCACACUCACAACAGGAACGAUGUUGAUGUAUCAGAAGAAGACGGCGCAUUGAGUCUACCAUUCAUCAAACGCAUGCUCAAAUGGCUAGCCGAAAGCGUAGGCCGCGGUCUCGAACUAGCAAAUGGUCACGAAACUCCAAAGGACAUACGCGAACUCCUCGGUCUGUUGAUCGCAAACAUGGGUGAAAUCUACCUCGAAACCGCUCUCGACGCCAUAACAGAAUCCGCCACCACCGCGGAAAGCAGCACGAAGAACGAACCCGAUUUCAACCACCUCACCUCCCUACGCAGCGCAAUCUCCAUCCUCCAUCUCCUGCUCGCCACAAUACAAACCCUCCUCCUCCCUCUAGCGUCAACAAACCUCACAAUCCGCCGCGACCUGGACAAAACAACCACCGCCUUCAUCGACCGCAGCGAACAAAAAAUCGACACAAUCCUCCAAAAAACAAUCGAUGCCUCCCUAACCUAUUCCUCCCGCCUCCUCUCGCAACAGAAGAAGACAGAUUUCCGCCCUAGAGACGACGCACUGUUGCAGCUAGACCAACUCCAAACACCCACCUGUCUCGCCCUCUUCACCUUCCUCACAAAAGUCCACGCGAGAGCAGAAACGGCACUAAGUGGCAAAGUCCUAGAAAGCUUUUUGCUAGAAUUGGCUCUGGGCAUCCGCGCACUCCUCCUCAUCCAUUUCCGCAGUUAUCCAGUCUCUCUGACCGGUGGAUUGAUCGUCUCGAAAGAUAUGGCAAAAUACAUCGAGCUUCUGAAAUCUUGGAAAUUACCUCAAGGGUUCAAGGAAAGUCUUGAAGUGUUGACGGAAAUUGCGAAUUUGUUUGUUAUUGGUCCUGAUGCUUUGAGGGAUAGGGUUAGAGGAUUAGAUGGUGUGGAUGGUGUGGGAGGAGGACAGGGACAGGGACAGGGACAGGGACAGGGACAAGCACAAGGGCAAGCGGGACAAGGUGCGAAAUUGGAAAAAGCGGAUUUGAAACCGUACAUUUUGAUGAGGGAGGAUGCUAGGAGUAUUGGUGUGCAGAGUGUUUUGGGCUUGUGAGAUGGAUGGGAUGGAUAGAAGCCAUGGCAUGGCGUUUUUGAUAUUCUCAUUUUCUCAUUUUCCUUGGUUCUUCUCAAUCUGGAGGUUUCUUCAUGUCCUGCUAGGGUAUCAAAAGGCUGCUUGUUGUGGAUGUGAAUCAAGAAGUUAACUGGAUCCAUGCUCUAAUGCUUACUCGUAUGUAUAUGGCUAUUGUCUACAUCUGGAAAACAACGAGGAU